ACGAAAUUGUUGGAUGAUCACUGGCUUUUUUUCGUCUUUUUUUUUUGUACAAAAGUAAAAUUGUAGUAAAAGUGGAUUAUCAUAAAUAUAAUAUAUUUAAUAAUGAGGACUUAAUAUUGUGCAAUAAUUUAAAAGAAUUAAAAGAUUAGUGUGUGAGUCAUCUGAAUAGAGAGAAAGUUUUAGGAGAAACGUUUUUUUAGAGAGAAACGCGCGAUGACAGACAGUACGCAAGCAACAGAGCACUUGGAUGACUCCGUGCGGAAGAAAAAUGACGAGCACGGCAUCGAGAUGCCAGUCCGGCGAAACGAUUCGCACGAAACGCAUGUCGUCGUAGCGAAAAGCGACUUACCCGAACGAGGCUCCUGGAGUACAAAAUUAGACUUUAUUUUAUCGGUAGUUGGUUUAGCGAUUGGCCUGGGAAAUGUCUGGCGUUUCCCAUACUUAUGCUACAAAAAUGGAGGAGGCGCUUUCUUGAUUCCGUACUUUUUGACGCUCAUCCUGGCUGGUGUGCCGAUGUUCUUUAUGGAGUUGGCGCUCGGUCAGAUGUUGACGAUUGGCGGUUUGGGUAUUUUCAAAAUUGCCCCCAUCUUCAAGGGUAUCGGGUAUGCAGCUGCUGUCAUGUCAUGCUGGAUGAACGUUUACUACAUCGUCAUCUUGGCAUGGGCUAUCUUCUACUUUUUCAUGUCGUUGAGAUCAGACGUUCCAUGGAGAAAUUGCGAUAAUUAUUGGAACACUGCAGCUUGUGUCAAUCCCUAUGCCCGCAAAGAUCUCCUUUGCUGGGACAAAGUCAACACUUUUAACAACACAGUUGUCAAAUACUGUCAAUUAAAUGGCAAAAAUUACACAACGGCAGCUUUGAGUGAUCCCGUCAAAGAAUUCUGGGAACGUCGUACCUUGAUGAUUUCCGAUGGCAUCGAUGAAGUUGGCGGCAUCCGAUGGGAAUUGGCUGGAACAUUGUUGAUCGUGUGGAUUCUCUGUUAUUUCUGCAUCUGGAAAGGUGUGAAAUGGACCGGAAAAGUUGUGUAUUUCACCGCUUUGUUCCCGUAUGUUUUGUUGACCAUUUUGCUUAUCCGUGGAAUCACAUUGCCAGGAGCUGCAGAGGGAAUUAAGUUUUACGUUAUGCCGAAUUUGUCAAAGUUGAAAGAAUCUGGGGUAUGGAUCGACGCUGUCACCCAAAUCUUCUUCUCAUACGGUCUCGGUUUGGGAACAUUGGUCGCCUUGGGCAGUUACAACAAAUUCACGAAUAACGUGUACAAGGACGCCAUUAUCGUUUGUUGUGUCAACUCAAGUACGAGUAUGUUUGCUGGUUUUGUCAUUUUCUCCGUUGUUGGUUUCAUGGCGCACGAACAGCAACGACCUGUAGCUGAAGUCGCAGCUUCUGGUCCCGGUUUGGCAUUUUUGGCAUAUCCAUCGGCUGUCCUGCAAAUGCCUGGAGCUCCGUUAUGGGCAUGUUUGUUCUUCUUCAUGUUGCUGCUUAUCGGUCUCGAUUCGCAAUUUUGUACCAUGGAGGGUUUCAUUACUGCCAUGGUCGAUGAAUGGCCUCAAUUGUUGCGUCGUCGCAAGGAACUCUUCAUCGGUAUCGUUUGUAUUAUCAGUUAUUUCGUGGGACUUACGUGCAUCACGGAGGGCGGCAUGUACGUCUUCCAAAUUUUGGAUUCAUACGCUGUCAGUGGUUUCGUCUUGUUGUUUAUGAUUUUCUUCGAAUGUAUUUCCAUCUCGUGGGCCUUCGGUGUCAAUCGAUUCUACGACGGUAUCAAGGACAUGAUCGGUUAUUAUCCAAUCGGAUGGUGGAAAUUCUGCUGGGUAUUCACGACGCCAGCUAUCUGUGUGAGCGUUUUCAUCUUUAACCUUGUACAAUGGGCCCCCGUUAAAUACCUUAACUACGAAUAUCCGCUGUGGACACACUUUUUCGGAUGGUUUACCGCUCUUUCGUCGAUGUUGUGCAUUCCCGGUUACAUGAUUUGGUUGUGGCGUCGCACUCCUGGAGAUACUGGAACGAAAUUACGUCUGUUGGUCCGAAUAGACGACGAUGUUGCAACUCUUCGUGAGAAAAUGCAAGCUGAACAAAUUAAACUCCAUCAAGGAAUUUAAAAAUUCAUCGCACAAUUUUUUUUUUAAGUUAAGCACCCCCAAAAAAUCACAAAAAAAAAUAUAAAUGUAGUGUAUUAUUUGAGCAUUUUCUGGUCGUUCAUUCACAUUGACUUUGUUAAGAAAAAAAAAUAUUUAUUUACUAAUAUUUAAGAAAUAUAAAAUAAUAAUAAUUAAUAAAUAAAAAAAAUCCUACAUAAAUGCGCUUACAGAAGAAAAAAAGAUAAAUAAACUCCUUUUGCAAAUAUUUAAAUUAAUCAAAAUAUUUAUUGAGUUAUUAAAAUUAUUAUAAAAAUAUAUAUUAUUAACCAAAAAUUAUCUAAAAUUUUAUCAUAACCAAAAAUAUUACAAACUCUAUUACAAACUAAUGUACUGCCAAUAUACAAGAUCAAUCAAAUUGACCAAUAUUUACAAACAUCUUCAAAAGUACAGCAACAUACAUAAAAAAAAUAUUAUUAUUAUAUUAAAAUAAAAUUAUAAAUUAUUAGUUUGUAAGGACGUUUAGUGUGUAGAUGAAAAAAGAACAAAAAAAUCAAUAAAAUCUCGAAAAAAAUCGAAUUCGGCAACUGAAAUAUCCACAGCACAAUACAUAUUUUAUUCCAACAAUUAUAUUUAUUAAACGAAAAAAAAUUAUUAUUAUUAUCCCAAAAAGUAUUAUUAGAUAUUUAUAUAUUUAUAAAUGUAUAAGUCACACGUAUCUUCUAUGUAUUAGUAUAAGAAGUUGUAGAUGUAAUGUUGUUAUAGAAAAUAAGGUUUCAAGAAAAAAAUAAUUCUUUUUAAGGUUCACUAUCAUGUUCAUAAACUAUAAAUUAAUG